ACAUGUUGAAAUUCUAAAAGCCCGGAUAAUCAUAAUAAAAUGGAAGACAGCGACGACGAGUCCGAAGCUCUCGCGUUGAAAGAGCUUCGCUCUGACGAAAGCGGCGACGAAAAAGGUCUUCUUGCAUUGGGAGGCACCUUCGGUGCCGCACAGGAUGGCACUUUUCCGCUGGUGGUCGGUUCCGAUCGAGACGCCGAUGAAGAGUCUGAUUUUGCAGGGACGAGUUCGCGUUUCGUUGAAAAUGAAGGAAGGGCAAAGAGUGCAGCUCAGGUUUUACAGAAACCGAAACGAACAAGAAGAUAUCGCUCGUUAAGAAGGAAAGGAAGGUGGUACAAGCAACCAGAGAUCAGACGAAAUUGGAAGGUUGUAGCAGGAGCGUUCACUCUUCUUGCAUUUGGAAUCGCAUUCGUUAUUGUCGGUAUAACCGUAGAAGCUCUACGAGUCCUACAUGACAAAGAAGUCGUCGACGGUGUCAUUCUGUUUGCGGUCGCCGCAGUGUUGCUCAUACCAGGAAUCUAUUUCACGGUUGUCAUAUGUUUGGCGGCACACGGAGUACGCAACUACCGGUUCAACCAAAUCCCAUUCUUCAAGUCGUGACUAGCAAGUAUACGUAGUUCAUCGACGAAUGCGACACAAAACCAUGUAGUUUGAG